ACAGCCAAUCCAGAGGCCUCGCAUUUGUUGCAGCUGCAUCACCAACAACAACAGCAACAACAGCAACAACAACAACAGCAAACUGCGGCGGCUGCUCUUCUGCUACAACAGCAGCAGCACCUCCUUGCUGCCGGCCUGCUCCAUCCGGAUUUCAGUUCGGAGGCUUUGCAAUCAAGUCAAUACGGUCUGAGCACUGGUGGUGGUGGUGUUGGUGGCACCCUCGGCCGCCCCAGUGAUAUGCUCGGUUCCCAAACAUCCCCACUUUCACCGUAUCUCCUCUCUUCUGCCCUACUCUCCGCCCAACAACAACAACAGCAACAGCAGCAACAAAACCAACCACAACCCGUCUAUCAACGGCUUCCUAUCAACGUAUCUGGUGGAACCGCGGGUGGCACUAUCGCACUGCCACUAAACGACCUGACCAGAGCUGGUCUCCUCGCUGCAAACUCUUCGAACUGUGCCCAAAUGCACUCGGAGCAUAGCGACCCGAUGUUGAUAAUGAAACAAUCUUCAACAGGUGUGGGCGGAUCUGGAUCUGUGGUUUACGAGAAUUCAUAUAGCUCAUUUCAGCGAUUACUCUCGGGCUAUAUGCCGCCUUCAGCCAGCCAAGAUGGUCUCCAGACCAUGGGUAACGGUCUCAACGUCAACUUGAACGGAACUCCCCACACCGUGAACACUGUACCCAUUCGGGGCCAAACUGUUGGCUCAGAUAGCAUGUCCCCAACAACAUUAGUGCCAAAUUCCCAUUCCGCACCCCCUAUACCUCCUCCGAAUCAUCCAAGCUACGAUCUACUCGACUCUCGUGGUAUAGACCCGGCGUACGGUACCUCGACGCGCAACACUAUGGGUUCCUACGGCCAUAGCAAAUCACAUCCGGACACUGUGCUCGUGCAGACGCGUAAAUCAAAGCGGCGUUGUCCUUGGUACUACUGGAUCAUCAGCAUUCUCGUGCUCGCUUUUCUCCUUGCCCUAGUCUUGGCCAUAUCAUUCUCAGCGGAGAAACAACAUCUCGGCGCACGCCUCGUCGAACGGUUCAGUCAGGAUCCCGCAAUCAUUGGCCUAUUCGAUCCACGCAACCCUGCGGUUCGAUUGGAACCCAACACUCCAGUUCACAUUCAACUGGAACGUAUGGGAGUCUGGUCGGCCGAAUGGCAUCAGCGCACCGCUCGACAUGUGCGCUACAACAUUACCAUCGCUUCGGAACUCACCUCGAUCGGAUUGUUUAUGCGUCGGAGCACCAUGCCAACCAUUGUGCAGUACGAUGUGUUCGAUCGAAUUAGCGGACACACUCUCCAGCCAAUGGGUCGGUCCGGUCGCAGAACCAAACGGGCCGCAGGGGCACGUGUUGCUUACCCCAGACCGGUUGUCUCGACUGGGGCUCGUGAGACCGGGCGUGUUCACUUUUUGGAGGAGGGGAUUUGGUUUCUCGCCUUUGUCAACGACAAACCCCGUCCGGAGCCGAUCACUUUCAGCAUGGGUGAAAUCGCAGUCGACGACGGCUGCCCGAACGACUGCAGUAAUCGAGGUGUAUGCAACCGAGGCAACUGCGACUGCGUGAAUGGAUUCAGCGGACCGGAUUGCACUAUACCUGAAUUGCCCAAAAUUUGUACCGGUCACGGGGAAUUUCGCAACGGUGUGUGCAACUGCUAUCCCGAAUGGAAAGGCCGUGAAUGUGAAGUGCUCUGGUCCGAAUGCGCCGAUCCAACGUGCUCUGGCAACGGACAAUGCAUCACUGGAGAGUGCCAGUGUUAUCGAGGCUUCUCUGGUUCAUUGUGCGAAGAAAGGAUGUGCAUCUCACCGAAUUGCUCUAGUCAUGGUGUGUGCCAAGAAGGCGAGUGUCGGUGCUUCAGCGGUUGGUCUGGACCUGCUUGUGAUCUCCCGGUGCCCGUGAUGCAACUGGCUGGGUUCCUCGGACCUUCGGCCACCAGCAACAGGGACGAAAAAUUGGCCUCCGCAUCCAGCUCGCCGGCGGCGCUUGUCGCACAACCCACAACCAUACCAAAGUUCCUGGCCAUGUCGGACGAGAGACACAAGAAACUGUGUCCUCUCAGCUGCACCCCCCACGGUACCUGUGUUUUCACUCCGUCUGGUAAACCUCGGUGCCAAUGCGCCCCAGGCUGGACAGGUCCAACGUGCGACCGGAGGUUGUGUUCACCUCAAUGUCUGGAGCAUGGACACUGUGUGAACGGGACCUGUGUGUGCCAGCCGGGCUGGGGCGGGAAGCACUGUUCUUUGAAUGGAUGCCCUAACCAAUGCAAUGGACGAGGUCGAUGUGUUGCUUCCGCCGACGGCUCCUACCGUUGCCACUGCGCUCCAGGGUGGAAAGGAAGCGCCUGCCAGGCGAAAGUGGAAACGAUGUGCGAUGACCAAGUCGACAAUGACGAAGACGGACUGGCGGACUGUCUUGAUCCGGACUGUUGUGCGUCACAACACUGUCGUGAAUUGGCCAAUUCCAAGGAUCCCGCCGUGGAGGAUGCCAAACAAGCAUGUGCCCAUAGUGAUUCGUUUCAAUUCCGACUACUGAUCACACAAAUGGCUCAGGCUGGUAGCACAUUCUAUGGUCAGCUGGAAUUCCUCCUACGUCACGAUGGUGUAAUGGCCGACAACUUUGACCCAAGGCGCAUUUCUGUGGUCCGUGGCACUGUGCGACAGUGGGAUGGAACUGCAUUUUGGGGUGUUCGUGUUUUGGAUAGCCUGAAAAUGCACAAUGGCUAUACGCUGACGGAUGAGUUAGGCAGGUUUGAUCUACCAGUCGAGGGCGGAUCAAUAGUUAAACUGGAAUUCCUGCGCCAUCCCACUUCCCGUUUCUCUGCGACCUGCUCCGUCUACGUUCCCGUGAACGAAAUCGUUGUCUUGGGUGAUUUUUACAUGCAAGAUUCUCAAUUGGUUGGAUCGCAGUCCACUACACGCGACUCUCAAGGCGGUCAUCUUGCAUCUUCACCGCUGAUGCACGAUUUGUGGGCGACCGGACAGUUUAUGUCCGACGAGCAUCAACCGGACACAUGUAAAGCAUCUGAAACCCACGUGUUAACUGCGUCCGGGAGUUUGCUUGUUGAGGUGGAUUCAGUGGCCGACACGCUGGAGCCUGUUUGCAUGGACUGGGACGAGCGGCUGUGUGUGCGGCGGGGAGCAUUGUCGUACGCAAUUCCGUUGCAUGACACUCGAAUCCGACUGGUUUAUCGUUCCGACCGCGCUGCCGGUUAUCAGCCCAUCGUUCGUGUCCGCUUACUCACCGAGUCGGCCACCAUUCCGGAAGGUCUUCGCGAGAUACACUUGAUCUUUGAUGUCGCCGGUCUGAGACAAACUCGACGGCUGGAACCAGAGCUACGUAUGGUUGAAAUUUUUCGAUGGAACAAAACGGAUGGAUACAAUCGGACAGUGUACGGGAUUGUGAACGCAAGAGUUUCCGCCGGAUAUGUUUACAGUGGAUGUGAUCAUGUGAUUUGGGAGCAUCGCGUUGUGCAGCUACAAGGACACGAAUUGGCCAGCUCCGAAUUGGCCAAUUGGAACCUGGAUGUCGUACACGUGUACGCAGCCAAUCAGGGAAUAGUGUACCGUGGUGACGGAUCGCAUCUGUUUUUGAAGUACACCGAUUGGCGUGUGACUCCAGUACUUGGCCAGACCGAAGAUGGCGCUCGCAGGUCACCCGACUCGUGUCCACAUUGCGCUUCUAACCAGCUUGCUCGCGGCUCUCCCACUCUGCACCUGCAUAGUUUGCUGACGGAUGCGGCCGGUGACUUACUAGUCGGCGACGGAUCUUAUCUGCGCUGGAUUCGGCCGCCGAGGCUUAGCAAGACUAGACGUUCGAGUGCCACGGAAUCACUGGAUGCCCGAGCUCAACUUAUUUUCAAGGAGAACGACAGACAAACGUGGCUGUCGCAUAACGUAUCCAAGUUGGAUUUUCUACGCACCGAUUUGGACCAGUUGGCAUUUCACGGGUCAUCCGAACAGGUGUAUACAUUUGCACACCCUAAUCUACUUCUAAGCCAAUCAAUCUUCGACUCCCCAUCCGAUAUACACGGUAUUCAGUCGGGUUUCUUCCUGUCCCACACAUCUACGAAGACCAUCUGGUGGUUCGCAGACCUGAAUCACCCGCAACUAUUGCUGAGCCUGGAAUGUACAGAACAGCCGGACUCUCCUCCUCUGCUGACAACGGUUCAUUGCGUCAAACAUCCGCUACAGGCUCCAAAGGGAAUCGCCGCUACAGAGAGUGUGGUGUACUUUGCUGACGGGCCCUUUAUCUGGCGAUUGCCGCUGCGUACCUCGAUGAGUGCCAACCCGGUUGCACACGUUGCUGUGGGUCAGGCCGGGGAGCCCACCACCUCGGAUCCAAUCUCGUGCAACCAUGCUGUAUCUGCUACCCAGAUAAUUCUUCACUCUCCAACACACCUCGUGUACAACGCUCUGGAGGAUGCGGUAUAUUUUGCGGAUAGAAUUCACGUGUAUCGAUAUCAUGCCGCCAGUCAGACCGUGUCCAUCGUUGCUGGCCAACUUAAAGACUGUGUUCUCGCGACGACAAUACAUCAAGAUGCAUCGGUUGCGGCAGUCGAUGCCAUUCUUACAGAAAUUCGCGGCUUGGCGGUUUCACCCGAAGGUGAUCUCUACAUUGCGGAGCAUGAUCGCAUCUGGGUCCGCAGGGCUAACGGUCGGCUUUACCCAGUGGCAGGGAAGCGUCAGUCGAGUGGGAACUCCGAUUCCGUUCCACCUGCAACUAACCCAUCUGCGCCCACACGACGGAGCAGUGUAUCGCAUAAAGUGGAUGCGGUAGAUUUGGGCACUUCGCAAGAAUUCCUCUUCGGUAAUAUCUCAGCCAUUACUGUCAGCAUCUAUGGGGAGCUUUUUGUAUCGGAUGCGGAACACGGCUUGGUGCACAGAAUCCACUACCGGCUGCCGCCGAUCACCGAACCAUCUUCCACUUACCGCAUUACGUCAGCUCCCACAGACGAGACACAUGUGUUUAAUCAAUACGGUCAGCUGAUGCAUACUGAAAACGCAAUCACUAAGACGACAUUACAUCAGCUGGAGUACCGCCCUCAUGCCAUCUUCGGAUGGCUGUCGGAGAUUCGCGGCAACAAUGUAAAUUUGCGCCUCCGAGUGCAGCGCGAUACGCAAGGCAAUUCAAUGAACUUGAGGACACCUACAGGUUCCGUGUACAACAUCACCCUAUCCUCUGGAUCCCCCCAGCUGAUCACACAAAUCGGAGACCCUAGAACGGGAGGCAGUUGGUUAUUUCGCUAUCACCAGUCAGGGCUACUCACUCAGGUACAAGAACCGCAUGAGACUCAUCCCAUCCAUUUCAAGUACUCCUCGGGUUCAGGUCGUUUGAAACGCAUUGUUUUCCCCAGUGGCCAUGUGGUCAACCUCAAUAGUCUGUGUUUCGACACAUCCGGUGCACCUGAUCCUGUGUCAGCGUAUCCCGGAGUAAUCAAUUCAACCUUGUCUUCCCAAUCUUCUACAGGUUUUCCAACUGUUGUGUCUCGCGAACACGCACGUACAGAUGCACGAUCUGUGGAGCUGUUUUACGGUGAACCACAUGACCGCUGGAGCGCUCAGCUGGUUCAUUCGUACCAAUUUCGCGGUGACUCCAAUCGUCCUGCUCGAAUCGUCCGUGUCAUUCAGUUACCGGAUCGAACUAGAGGACGCAUUUUAGAAAAUUCUGUUGUCUGGAACUUUGACUGGAACGCUGACAGCGUAGGAAGUAGCUCCUUCGGUCCAACUUCGACUCGGCUCCGACGUUCCGCCGCCGCACUUGUCCUCCACUCUCCGCAAUCCAGGCGCAUCAGACAUUUUCCGUUCUCCCAUUUGAGUAGCACACUACUGUCCUCUAGUUUCGACCCAACCACUGCCGUGCUUGGCAUGCGUUGGCAGCAUCAGAAGCGGUUGGUGGUGAAUGCUCACGAACUACUUCAGGUCAAAUUCGACUGGGCUCGCCAAUUGGAGACUUACCGACGCACGUCCACAGGACAUGUGUUGCUUCAAAUUGUUUACAAUGCCGACUUCCAGCCGAUGAUCUUCAAUGCAACUCGACUGUAUGACACACGUUGGUACGACUUCCGUGUGGACAUGGAACGCGCGGAUUCCGCGGAUUCUGGCGUUGGAAUCGAUCAGGAGCUUACAGGCCCGUCUCCGCUGAGUGUGACCUACACGGGCACCGGCCAGAUCAAUACAAUACAUUGGGGAGGUGCAAGUUAUCGAUUCAGCUACGAUCCCUUGAACAGGCUCCGAGCCACCGAUCUGGGAAGUCCCACAGAAUCCAUUUCAUUCCAAUACCUAGAUCAUCGUGUUCCCUACUUACCGACAAUCGUUUCUGUCAGUGGAUUGGGACAGUACAAGUUCUUUUACUCUCACGGUGCCUUCAAGGAUGGUUCUUCGCAAUCUCUCGGCGCUGAAAACGUUGUCAAUCCAGUCGGACUAGCCCGCGUUCUCACUCCGUCUGGUUUGAGUAGAGAAUUUGUACGCUCUGUCGGUCUCGGAGUUCACCGACUAAUGUACACUCCUUGGUCUGGUGUACCAAAUCCAUGGAUCUUUGAAUGGGGGAACGAUCUCCUUCCAUCCAAUCCUGACUGUGCCCACGUUUUCGGGAACGAGUUACUUCGAUUCAUCUGGCCUAGUCAACAUCGACGCGUGUCCCACUUCCCUCGGCUAAAUCGAAUUGUGUUCGAUAAGACUAUAAUCCACUGGGAUCUGUCUGGUAUGGAAUACACGCCGCAAUUUAACGAUCUCUCUUCAGCUCCAUUUGUCCAAAUGACCGAUAUCACCUCUGGGUACCGCUGUACAACUUGGCGCACCUAUCACGGCACUCUCUUGAGCACGAUCAGAGUAGAGCAGAGUGUUCCAGGCGCUCGGAAUGCGCAUCCCUCACUUGGAGGACUGCUACAUGCCCGCUUCGUUUAUGAGUACAAUGCGAAUUUGAAUCUCGUGGGUAUUCACACACAGUUAUACACAGAGCUUGGCCUCAAUGAUUCCGGGCGUGACAGUCGUGUCUUAGACGAAAUGACAAUGAUCAAACGUGAUCCGAUCACUGGUCAAGUGCUCAGCAUUCGUGAACUCGAUGUUGUGCACCGACCGUCGUCUUUAUACGUUACGUACGCCCCCAAGGGACUGCAGCUGCUACGUCAGUGGGAUAAUCAGGGGAGACUCCGACAGGCGAUUCUCUACACACUCUCGUCACGUCGUGAUCCAUUGUACAACCUGUCGUUGAUUUACCGUCCGAACUCUUUGGACGUGGUACAACAACGAGAGGAGCAACGUGGUCACGUGCCACGCUGGGUCACCUUUGUUCAAGGUGUUGGUGGUCGAUUGGAGGCAGUAGAUCGCGAAGAAGCUGGAUCCAGCCUACGUUCACACACCGAACUUGUCCAUAAUCCAGAGGGUCGCGUCGCUCGCCUAAGAAUCGCCAUUUCCGAUCCCCAACUGGCGGCCACAGGUCUUUCCAACUCCGGACCGACUAGUCGUUCCGAGGAGCUGCAGUUCAUCUAUGAUACCCGAGGAUUGCUUAAACGUCGCGGUAACUGGGAAUACAUGUUUGACGAGGAUGGCUUCCUCUCCGAACGUCGAUUGCACGAGGACCACAUUGUGGACCGUUUUGCGUACAACAGCAAGGGUUUACUGAUUUGGGCUGAGCGAACGAUGGAUCCUGAAUCGCCCACCGAUUCCCCCGAACCGCUGGUAACCGUGUUUGACCGCCCUCCAGUCGAGGAUGACGUCGGUUCGAACCGACCAUUCCGUGUGCAAUACAUUUAUGACGCACAGGACCGUCUUACGAUCAUUCGUGACACACUUUUGGUGCGUGAUCUUGCGCAAUACUUUUACGCGGACCCAGGGCAUCCCAACCGCAUCACACAUGUGUUUAACCACGGCCGUCUUACCACUUUUCGUUUGCAUUACGACCCUGUACAAGGUCAUUUAAUUGCUAUGGAGGAGUUCGCUGCCAUUGAAGACCCUCACGCUUCUAGCGACCGACCACUCAUGUCGGACAGAUCAAAUCACGACACCAAGUACGCCAACAAACCUUUAAGCGAUGCGACACCGAAAUACCUCUACUUCAUCAUCACCAACCAGGAAGGUUCUCCUAUCGCAAUGAUCUCAGAGGAUGGAAAAACUAUCUGGACCGCGGAAUACUCAGCAACAGGCGGUCGCCGGCUAACACCUCCCAACCGGGCCAAAUUAUUUCGCACCUCCAUUGUUGAGGACGCCAAUGUGCCUUUGGGGUACGCUGGCUGUCUUGUUGAUGCUCACACCGCGUUCCUCUUCUGCCCGCCUCAAAUGCGCGCAUACGAUCCGCUUGGGGCCACCUUUACUAGCCCAGAUUGGCGCGGCCUGCUAACGCAUCGGUUGGGUCACGUGUAUCGCGAUCCGUCUUCUCUAGACACACACAAAUGGGGUACCACCGAGCAGCACUUUCUUCGACUUGGUCCGGUGGGACUGGCGGACCGCUUGAGCGAGGCGCUCCAAUCAUCCGCUUGGUGGCUUCGGCAGACGGGCUUGGACUUACAAUCGAUUGUGCCGCCGUUCGACCCAUGCACUGGCACAAUCGGAUUCGAUGCAAACUUGCACUGGAAGUUCCCUAAGCUCCCUGCCAGCUUUGCCUCUUCUGCAGAACCGAGCGACUCUUCUCCACAUCGAAAUUGUCCAUUUUCAUCCCUGAGCAGUAAAUUGGAGCGUCUGAGCGUUGUUCAGCCAAGCCGACUCACUCCCGGUAACUCGCAUGGGACCAGCCUUCCCGAAAUCUUGAGUUACGGUGCAAUUGAGCAAUCAUUUCACUUGAUCCCAGCAGAACACAUGUUCGGUUCAAAAGUGUCCUUCGAGUUGGAUAAUCAAGGCAGAGUGAAUGUCCGCGCUGAUUCUGCAUCCGUUUCCAACAUUACCGUUUUCUCUCUCCAAUCCAUUCCUUACGAUGAGGCAUUCAGGUCCUCCCGUUUGCCCAUCGCCCUCCUCAAUGGGGCACGUCUUUUGGACUGGUGGACGGAGCGCGAUGCCUCUGGGUCUACUGUCCGGCUAGUUCAACUGUUCGCCCGGCUGAGUCACGUAGCCUUAACGGUGAAUGAACUGGCUGAUUUGGGAUUGAAGUUGCCGGUCUUGUACUCGCCAACUGGGCACAACUUGACAAUUCAUCGGAUCGAACAACACCACGAAAUCUGGGUCACUCGUGGUUCCAUACAAUGGCGAAUUCGCUAUGUCUCCUCUUGGGACGGAGCAUAUUCUCAGGCAGUUCAGGAAGCCGGAGCUCGUGGUCGAAGGGCUGCCUGGGCACGAGAAUCCGACAAGGCGCACAGGUUGUCCAGACCCGAACGAAUUGCAUCCUCCACUGACCGUCUUGUCGACAGCAACGUUGCUGCCCAAUUGCUGGGGCUAAAUCACUUGUGGACUUUCAAAGAGUUGGCUCAGCUGGGACAAUCUACUCCACCGAAAGGAUACCAAUGGGUUCCGGUCGUGUCUGCAUUCGGGAAUUGGACCACGAUCACUCGGCUGUACGAUGACCCAGGCAUUUAUCAACUUCGCCCCACCGAAGCCACAAAAACGAACCGAACCUCCGGCUAAAAACCGUUCGCCACUUUUGCCUCCGCCCUUCCCUGGCCUAGAUUUCUCCUCCGCCCCCCUAUCCACACAGAUGUCAUCCGCUAUGUUUCUACAUCUUUCAUCGCUCUCCAUUGUCGUAGUUGCCCCGCCCCUCCUUAUCAUCGCAGAAUUCCCCUCUUCCACAUGUACAUACCGACAACGGGUGUAGAGUGAUAACCUUGAAGACCCGCUGUGUGCCACCUAUUCACUACCCCCCCCCCCCCCCAAACCACCCAUACUACACUCAUUCGCAUGUUUCACCGACGCCACUCCUGUCCAAUGAUUCCACCGGCUCCAAGUGCUUUCAUUCUUCUCUCACCCCUGUCUGCCCACCUUGCUGCACUUCAUCUACAGGUUGCACCGAUCCGAUUUUUCACCUGCGCAUUCGAGAACGGAUUCCCCCCCCCCCCACCUGAUCCAUACGGAAUGUGACUAGUCCGUGCCUUGAAAGACCUUUCCUCUCUCUGCCUGAACUCCCUGUGUACACACUCCCUAUAGUAAUAAUAAUCUCUUUUAUGAACCAUGAACUGACUGACAAUCAGACGUUUACCUUUUGAUCUUAUUGUCCAACGAUCUCGCCACUCCCUUCGGUUAUCCUUUCUUUUUCAGUCUGUUUAUUUUUUGGCAAACAGUUUACCGGCCCUAUGUCACUUUUCCACUACUCUCUCCUUUAUCACGCUGACUUCUCGCAUGGUACCUUUUCUUCCUUUUUCGUCAAUCCAUUGUGAUCUCUUGAUCUUUUACGUAUGCGUGCUUGUAAUCGUGCCGACACACACGCACGUAGACAAUGUACAUCAUGUUAUACAAUGUUGCCUGAUUUCUACACACACACUACUAGUGACUCUCUGCCCCCUCGUCGUCUCCGAACUAUGUUCGCCAACUUUCCACUUCCUGUUUUCUGAACGUGGUGAAUAUACUUCUAUCAUGCUGCCCAUUUCU